AUAUACAGUUUCAGUUCAUGUUGAAAUGAUGAUUUUAUAUACAUUUUUAACUUUGUCACUUCAAUAAUUGUUUUAAAAAAGGUUUAAUGAUUGACAAGUUUAAUUUGCUUUACUUUUGCGUCAAAUUAUUUUCCAACUCAGUUUGUCAGUGUAACUGUGAACGAGUAACUUGACUCCUUUUGAUUUACAAUUAGAGUUGAACGGUAAAGUGUUUUCUGGUUUCUGGUUCAAUGGACAACAGCAAGCUACAAAUCAAUUCAAAUAAACAUUUAAAUACAUGUUCAACUGAUCUUAAAGUGAAAAGCAAUGAAAACAAUUCACGAUUUCAAGUGGCUAAGGUGAUGGAUAAUGGCGAUUUUAAACGCAACUCUAAUGGUGAUUCAGGUGAUGGUGACAAUGAUGAGUCUGGUCAUUAUGACAAUGUAAAUGAUUUGUAUUAUCUUCGAUCAACUUUAAGUAAAAGAACCUCUUUGGACAAUUCAAGUUGUGAUACCAAAAAUGUACCAACACAUCAUACAAGAGAAGCAUUACCUCGGGUUGACCAUUAUCGAAAUAUGGCUUCGGUUCAUGGACACAUAAGUCGACCUACUCUUGAUCAACUUCAUGGUUGUGAAGAAGGUGAACCAAAUGGAUCUGAAGCGAUGAAAAACCUUUCCCAUGAAAGACAGCAACAAAGCAGCAUCAAAUUGGGUUGGAUCACAGGAGUCUUGGUACGAUGUUUAUCUGGGAUUUGGGGAAUCAUGUUAUUCCUCAGGAUGGGCUGGGUUGUGGCUCAUGCUGGAAUAGGUUUGGGUUGUGUUAUCAUUUUGUUAUCCACAUUGGUUUCCACUGUUACCUCGCUAUCCAUGUCUGCUAUUUGUACUAAUGGUGAGGUUAAAGGUGGUGGUACUUAUUACAUGAUUUCUCGAAGCCUUGGCCCUGAAUUUGGUGGUUCAAUUGGCGUCAUUUUUUCCCUUGCCAAUGCUGUGGCUGCUGCAAUGUAUAUAGUUGGCUUUUCAGAGGCAGUUAACAGCAUCCUUAAGGCUUACAGCGCUCAAAUAACCAACUCUGAUCUGGAUAACAUGAGAAUCAUUGGAUGUAUAACACUCUUUUUACUCAUGAUUGUUAUUUUUAUUGGAACAGAAUGGGAAUCGAAAGUUCAAGUUGGCUUAGUUGGUAUUCUGUUCAUAUCCAUUCUUAAUUUCAUUUUUGGCUCAUUAAAAGCACCCAAUGUUUAUCAAAGUGAAAGAGGAUUUACUGGUUGGAGUGGAGCAAAUUUUGCAGAUAAUUUUGGCCCUCGCUUUCAGAAUGGUGAAACAUUUUUCUCAGUAUUUUCAGUUUAUUUUCCGGCAGCCACUGGAUUCCUUGCUGGAGCAAACAUUUCUGGUGAUCUUAAGGAUCCUCAACGGGCAAUACCUCUUGGCACAUUAUCUGCUAUUUUGAUGACCACUUUGGUUUACUUGUUGUUUGUUUUCAUUUUUGGUGCUACCACAGUUAGGGAAGUGAUUGGAGUCAAUGGAACCAGUUUAUUGAUUGAUGGUCAAAAGCAAGGAAUGUAUUUCAAUUACAAUUUGAUGCAGAUCGUUUCCCUUUAUGGUCCAAUCAUUUACUGUGGUAUUUUUGCUGCCGCUCUGUCAUCGGCUCUUGGCAGUCUCGUUUCAGCUCCUAAAGUAUUCCAAGCUCUUUGUCAAGAUGAAAUAUUUCCAUAUCUAAAGUUUUUCGCCAAAGGUUCAGGAGUGAAUAACCAACCACAUCGAGGUUACCUUCUUGGAUUCAGCAUUGCCUUAGCUUGCUGCCUAAUUGCCGAUCUUAAUGUGAUAGCACCAAUCAUAUCAAACUUUUUCCUCGCUGCUUACUGUUUGAUCAACUUCUCCUGUUUUCAUGCAUCAUUUUCAAAAACCUUGGGAUUCCGUCCAUCAUUUAGAUAUUACAAUAUGUGGAUUAGUUUGACUGGGUCAAUUGUUUGUUUAAUUGUCAUGUUCAUAAUGAAUUGGCAAACAGCUUUAAUCACAUUUAUCGUUGAAUUCGUUCUCUAUAUGUUGGUUUUACUAAGGAAACCAGACGUCAACUGGGGUUCAUCAACCAGAGCUCAGAUUUAUAAAUCAGCUUUAAGUUCAGCCAACAAAUUGAACUGUAUGCCUGAACACGCAAAAACAUACAGGCCUCAAAUAUUGCUUCUAUCUGGCGAUGCUUACUCUCGACCUGCUUUAGUUGAUUUUGCAUCCCAAAUAACUCAGGGAGUUGGAUUGAUGGUUUGUGGCAAUAUUACUCCAGAAAAGUUAUCUUUCAAAGCAAGAGAAUCGCUUAUGAAACGAAACAACGAUUGGCUUCGUAAUCGAGGCAUCAAAGCCUUUUACGUAGUUAUUGAUGAAGAGCCGUUUGAAUCUGGUGCUAAAAGCUUAAUUCAGGCAACUGGAAUCGGAAAGCUAAGGCCAAACAUCGUUUUCAUGGGCUACAAAAGUGAUUGGCAAAGCUGUGAUAUUGGAUCUCUUCAUGACUACUUCAGUGUUAUCCAUCAAACCUUGGAUAAGCAUCUUGCCGUUUGCAUAUUACGUGUUGAAAAGGGAUUUGAUUGUUCCCGUUUCGGUCGUCUAUCAAAAGUUCUUGAGAUUCUAGAUGAAAAGCAAUCAAACGCAUUCACCAAUAAAUCCUUCAAUUUUACCUGUGUGACUAAAAAAUGGAAUAAACUAGUUAAUGGAGAUUCUUAUUCUCCUUCAGAUUCACCUCCAAGAGCACCUCCAACCAUUGUGAUUAACUCGAUUGGAGUUCAAAACCAAGUUGAACAAAAUAAUAUAAUUCCAGAAGAAGUCAUCAAAAAUAUUGAUUUAUUCAGGAGCAAACCAGUGAAAUCAACAAUCGAUGUUUGGUGGCUUUACGAUGAUGGUGGAUUGACCAUGCUGAUUCCGUACAUUUUAACUUCGAGGAAACAAUGGUCUAAUUGUCGUUUACGAGUGUUUGCCUUGGCUGAUAAAAGUGGUGACUUGAAUGAUGACCAGCGUAACAUGGCUUCCCUUUUAAACAAAUUCAGGAUUGACUAUUCAGAUGUCAUUGUCAUCUCUGAUGUUUCAAAGCCUCCAAAGAAGGAGAACAAGAUGAAAUUCAAGAAGUUGAUUGAAAACUGGAGAGUGCGAGAUAUUCCCUCAGAAACUGGUCAAACCAACUAUCACGAGUCAACUACAUCAAACCCAACACCCACCUCUUCCUCUUCACCACCGUCUAGUCCAGACCUGCCAUCUUCACCUUCACCAACAACAUCAAACUCAUCGUUAUUCAUCACUGACUCCGAGUGGGAGUCACAGAAAAAUAAAUCAUAUCGUCAGAUAAGAAUUAGAGAAUUGAUUGAGAAACAUUCAUCCAAAUCAAGUCUAAUUGUUAUGACAAUUCCCAUUCCCAGGAAAGGAUCAUGUUCAGCUUCAUUAUUCAUGGCUUGGAUGGAAACACUUACUGCUAAUUUACCACCAUUUUUAUUGAUUAGAGGAUCACAGCAAAGUGUUCUCACCUUUUAUUCAUGAUCAACUGUAAAUCAAAUUUCACUAUCAAUCAAUUGACCCGAAGCAAAUUUUUUUUAUUAAAUUACAUGUCCACCAAUCUACUUUUAAAUAUGAAUACAAGACCAGUCAGCAAAGCGCAUCUACAGUGACUCUUAACAUUAAAUCUUAACACUGAAUUCAA